AUGUUUGGAGAGGAUAAAUUAUGGACGCUAAGGCCAUUUUAGCAAUAUUUCAACGAAUUUAUUUACGGCUACUCAACUGCUUUUUAUGGAGUAGAUAUUGCUCAACCCCUUUAUUGCUUGACAGAUGGGCUUGAAAAUACCAUUGGAUAUUUUGAACUUCUUUAUAUGUAUUACUUUAAAUCUCCAGUAAUAAGCACUGAUAUGAAUGUAGCCGAUUAUGAAUCAAACUACAAUCUAAGAUGUAAUCCUUAAUAUAAUGGUCUUGUACAUCUGAUAUUAUUGGCCAACAUUGAUGCAAUUACUAAAUUAGUAAAUGACUAAGCUAAGUGGUACUCAGCAACGAUCUUUUAUGUUGUCUAUUCAACUGCCUUCGUAAAUUCAAUUCUUCAGAUAUAAAAUGUUUGGACUGAUUCUUUCUAAUAUCAUUGGGAUAUGUUCAGUCUUGGAUUUAUGAUAGGUAAACUUUCUGAUGCUUUAGUUGUCUUCUUUUAACUAUACUAUGUAUUUGACAAGAGUACGACCCAACCACAACCUACAAAUUUUUGA